AUGUGGGUCAAAUACUGUACUGAGGCCCAGCGGGAGAAUGCAUUCCUCAGGGCUCAGUUCUCGGAGCGCUCAGACUGUGCCACUCUGGAGAAGGCCGACGCAGACCGAAGGCUUGGGGCGGUGGAGGCUGAGACCAGACGCCUCACUGACAACCUGAGGGAAACCAUUGACCGUCACUCAGAGGAGAUGAAGAAACAGGAAGAGCGGAUCCGCAGUCGGGACAAACACAUCAAUAACCUGAAGAAAAAAUGUCAGAAAGAAGCGGAGCAGAAAAGGGAGAAUCAGCAGCGGAUUGAGACGCUUGAGCGAUACCUGGCCGACCUGCCCACUCUGGAGGACUACCAGAACCAAAACAAGCAGCUGCAAGAAGCCGAGCAGCAUGCCACUGAACUCACAGAGAAGGUGAAAGACAUGGAGAGUCAAGCUGAAGCCACAAACUCACAGCUGCAAGAGAAGGAUGCACAAUUAGAAGAGCAGAAGCGACGAGAAAGAGACCUGCUCACCGCAAUCACAGAAAUGCAGCAACGCGUGCAGCAGGGCCUGGAGGACGGAGUUCGUAUCCCCUCUCUAGACUUUGACAAACUCAGAGGAGAGAAUGGAGCUCUGAGGGAGGAGCAGCAGCGACUUAAAAAGAUGAUUGAGAAGCAACACCGGAUGAUGGAGCAGCUCGGCCAUCAGAUCAAGUCUCUAGAGGAGCAGAUGUCUCAGGAGGAGAGCGGCUCACAGGCUCUGAGAGAAGACGCUUUGUCUAAAGAGCAGAGUCUGAUGGAGCUGCGUACGGCCAUGAAGGAGCUGUCAACUCAGAACCAGGAGCUGAUGGAGCAGAAGCUUAGCCUCCAGGAGCAGCUGAAGCAGCCUGAGCUCAGGGAGGUGGGCAUGGCCUCUCCCCAGCUCACACGCCAGCUCCACCUAGAGAUUGCCUCCUGCCUCAGUGACCUACAGUCACUGUGCAGCAUCCUGACACAGAGGGCACGAGGCCAAGACCCCAACCUGUCCCUGCUGCUGGGCCUGCACAGCCCUGUCCCGGCCACUGACCUGGAUGAGGACUGGACCAGUGCAGAGAUUCUGCAGAAGAAGCUGUGUGAAGCACAGCAGCUCCGCAGAGACGUGGAGGCGCUCCGAAACGUCAUCCUGGACCGCUACGCACAGGACAUGGGUGACAACUGUAUCACCCAAUGA